GAAGGCACUGUGGGCUGAGCCAGCUUGAGGGAGGGCCGGCAGGUGGGUGGUCGGGAAACAGAACAUGGACUCUCUGGAACCGAGCUCAGCUCCCGUUGCCCGUGACCCGAGCCGCUCGGCGCCUCCUGAGUUUAUCCAUCUGAGGAGCGGGACGCCGUGUGGGAGGAGAAGAAAGGACUGGUCCUGCUCGCUGGUCGUGGCCUCUCUCGUGGGCGCCUUCGGCUCCUCCUUCCUCUAUGGGUACAACCUCUCGGCGGUGAACGCCCCCACUCCGUACAUCAAGACCUUUUACAAUGAGUCGUGGGAGAGGAGGCAUGGACAUCGCAUAGACCUGGAUACUCUGACUCUGCUCUGGUCUGUGACCGUGUCCAUAUUCGCCAUUGGUGGACUCGUGGGGACGUUCCUGGUGAAGUUGAUCGGAAAGGUUCUUGGGAGGAAAUACACUUUGCUGGUCAACAAUGGGUUUGCAAUUUCCGCCACGUUGCUGAUGGCCUGUUCUCUCCAAGCAGGAGCCUUUGAAAUGCUCAUCAUGGGACGCUUCAUCAUGGGCGUGGAUGGAGGUGUCGCCCUCAGUGUGCUCCCCAUGUACCUGAACGAGAUCUCGCCCAAGGAGAUCCGCGGCUCUCUGGGGCAGGUGACCGCCAUCUUCAUCUGCAUUGGCGUGUUCACAGGGCAGCUGCUGGGCCUUCCUGAGCUGCUGGGAAAGGAGAGCACCUGGCCGUACCUGUUUGGAGUGAUUGCCGUCCCCGUCUUGGUCCAGCUGGUGAGCCUGCCCUUUCUCCCUGAGAGCCCACGCUACCUGAUCUUUGAGAAGCACGACCAGGCUGGAGCUGAGAAAGCCUUCCAGACAUUCCUGGGCAAAGAGGACGUCUCCCGAGAGGUGGAGGAGGUCCUGGCGGAGAGCCGCGAGCAGAGGAACAGCCGCCUGGUGUCCGUGCUGGAGCUGCUCAGGAGUCCCUCCGUCCGCUGGCAGGUCAUCACUGUGGUCAUCACCAUGGCCUGUUACCAGCUCUGUGGCCUCAAUGUGAUUUGGUUCUACACCAACAGUAUCUUUGGAAAAGCUGGAAUCCCUCCGGAAAAGAUCCCAUACAUCACCUUGAGCACAGGUGGCAUCGAGAUUUUGGCUGCCAUCUUCUCUGGCUUGGUCAUCGAGCGCAUGGGGCGGAGACCCCUCCUCAUUGGUGGCUUUGGGCUGAUGACCCUCUUCUUUGGGAUCCUCACCGUCACGCUGACGCUGCAGGACCACGCACCCUGGAUCCCUUACCUGAGUAUCGUGUGCAUUCUGGGCAUUAUCGCCGCCUUCUGCAGCGGGCCAGGCGGCAUCCCCUUCAUCCUGACCGGCGAGUUCUUCCAGCAGUCACAGCGGCCAGCUGCCUACACCGUGGCAGGAACCGUCAACUGGCUCUCCAACUUUGCCGUCGGGCUCGUCUUCCCGUUCAUUCAGAAAAGUCUGGACACCUACUGUUUCCUGGUCUUUGCCACAAUCUGCCUUGCAGGUGCUCUCUAUUUGUAUUUUUUCCUGCCUGAGACCAAAAACAAAACCCAUGCAGAAAUCAGCCAGGCAUUUGCCAAAAGGAACAAGGCCUACCCACCAGAGAAGAAAAUGGACUCAGCUGUAAUUGAAGAUAAAACAAAUGGAAGGCCUGAACCAGACUCCUCCUCCACACUGGAGAAUUGUGUCAAAAAGAGGAUUGUCUGAAUGGAUGAUCUCACCAUUUUUGGAAACGGAAGAGUCCCCUGCAAGUUUAAUGUUAUUAAGUAUUUAAAAAUAAACCUUUGCUAAUCUAACAUCACAGUCAUUUGGGGUUUAUUCACAGCUGAAUCCCCCAAACUCUUCUGGCAGCUGGAAGGAUGUUUCAGUGGACCCAGCAUUCUUCUGUAGACAUCCAUGGCCUGCCUUCUUCAUGACUUACCCCAUGGUUUCAAAAUGAAAUUGGGGAAAUAGCAUUUGAAUGCUUUCUCAAAGAAUAACAAUCUAGUCUGACAGGCGACUUGAUGGACUAGAAAUCCAGACUGAGUUUCCAUUCCCAGCUCUGCCAGAAAUAGCCUUGAGCCAUCCUCAGCCUGGAUCCUGAAGCAUCCAAGGACCCUUUGAUCCUGGAUGAAGGUUUUCAUACCUCCUAAUAAAUGCCUGUUUCCAAUCUUUAGCUCUGCCUUGUGGAUCUCAGACUCAGGAGAGGCUGAUACCAACCCACCACCCUCCAGGUCCCGUCUCUCCCAGGCUGUCCUGUGGGGCUCCAGAAAUAUCUUCACCUCUGAGUA